GUGUGGACUGGCUCUCUGUCGCGCUGGUGCGUGCGUGCGCGAGAGUGUGUGUGUGUGUGACAGACAGAGAGAAAGAAGGAGGAGAGAGGCAGUGAAAGUGUGUUCGGGUGUGUAUCGAGAGAGAGAGAGAGAGCGAGAGCGCGCGUGAGCACUCCGGUUGGCGCAGGCACGCAGGUCUGGGUGAACGGAGCGUUGUGCACGGCGGCAGCAUGGCUUCGUCUCACGGGAGAAGCGACAUGCGCUUCGCAGACUGGAUGUCAAGUUUACCGCAGAGCAUGCACUGCACCCCGCUCACCAACCUGUCUAUUCCCGGUUCCCAUGAUUCCUUCAGUUUCUACAUUGACGAGACGUCCCCAGUUGGACCCGAGCAGCCGGAGACGGUGCAGAACUUUGUUUCUGUUUUUGGCACGGUGGCCAAGAAACUAAUGAGGAAGUGGUUAGCAACACAGACAAUGAACUUCACCAGCCAACUGGAGGCUGGGAUCCGCUUCUUUGACCUGCGCAUCUCCACCAAGCCCCGCGACCCCGACAACGAGCUGUUCUUCGCCCACGGACUCUUCAGUGCCACGGUCAGAGAAGGUCUCGAGCAGAUCAGCGGUUUCCUGUCGUCUCAUGCCAGAGAGGUUGUGUUCCUGGACUUCAACCACUUCUACGGCGUGCAGAACAUGCACCACGAAAGACUGGUGGCUAUGUUGAAAGAGGUGUUUGGGGACAAACUCUGCCCAGUCGUCUUCGCUCAGGAGGUGUCUCUGCAGUACAUGUGGGAGAAGGAGUACCAGGUGCUUGUCUUCUACCACCACCCCAUGGCCCUGGAGGUGCCCUUCCUGUGGCCAGGGCAGAUGAUGCCCUCUCCCUGGGCCAACACCACCGACCCAGAGAAGCUGGUGCAGUUUCUCCAGGCGUCUGUCACCGACCGCAGGAGGAAGGGGACCUUCUUUGUCUCCCAGGUGGUUCUGACACCAAAGGCCAGCACUGUGAUGAAGGGGGUGGCUAGCGGACUGAGAGAGACAAUCACAGAAAGGGCCUUACCGGGCAUGAUGCAGUGGAUCAGAUCGCAGAGACCCGGGGAGAGCGGCAUCAACAUUAUCACGGCUGACUUUGUGGAGCUCGGAGAGUUCAUCAGCGCCGUCAUCACCCUCAACUAUCACCUAGACGAUGAAGACGACGAUGCCACCUGAAAGCCCACAGGGUGCGUCGGGGAGCACGGUCACCACUACUAGCACUAGGGGCUUGGACUGUGCUCUCACUCUUUUCUCUUUGGCGUUUAUUUCAGGAGGGCAUCUGCACUGCUCCUUUCACUUUAUUUAGGGCUAUAGUGAAUUGAGAGUUCCAACGGCAAAAGGUUGUUGAGGCAGGAAAAGUUGGGAUUGGCAGAAACAACACAGGUGUUUGGUUGGAGCACGAAGAGAGUGAGGUUAUAUUUUUUUGUUUUUUUAAAUAUUUCUUUCUAUUUUGGGGAUCAACAUUUAUUUUCUAGAGGAUGUUGAUUUUCUUUACUUCCUGUGCUAUAAAAGUAACUGGUGCACUGUUUUCUGGCUUACCUCUUCACCUGGGGUAGAUUCCUCACAGCAUAUCAACUUUCAGCUAAAUGUGUUGGUACAUUAUGUUUGGUAUUCUAGUGACGUUUCUUUUCAGAAGUUGUCGUAAAAUAAGCCUAUGUAACUUAAACCUCUCUAAUUCUGGCCUGGUUUAAAUAGCUUGCCGUUCUUUGUCCAAACCUGGACAAAAGAUUUUUUUUUUAAAUUAUCAUUAUUACAGUAUGCAGUUCAGAUCACUGCAGGUGUUUCUGAAAAACAGCAGAAUGUGUUUAAAACGUGUUAUUACAAUGUCUUUACACAGUACAUAGACAAUAAAGGAACCAUCUUCCAUAUUAUGUGUCCUGAGACGUAAUCUCUGAAGGGGCUUUCUCCCAGUAAUAGUCUCCUCUGAAGUCAGCUUGCAGCCUAGACAUUGAUCAGACACCUUUUGUGCAGUCAUCACCUCCAUCAUUCAAAACCACAGAGAUUUUCGAGAGAGUGCAGCUCGGCUAGCAGAGAUCAAUGUACCAAUCAAACUAUGUGUAUCUACGGUGCAUCUAAACAAAACCACGAUCUUUGAAAUGCUAAGAUAAGCAUCAGCUGUCGCUGCAAGAAAACCUUUACAGUUUUAUUUUUUAUUUAGGUCAGCUAGAAAUGCAAUCAAUGCGACGAGUCAUUUCUAAUAGUUAAGAAUCCAACGUGACAAAUGUAUUGGAUUCUGCGGUGGGUGCUGAGUCGUGAUACCCAAGUAUAAAAAUACAGUACAUCUGGGUACGAGAGUGUGUCCGCUGUCUGUGUGUGCGACCUAUGCUCACUGCUGUAGUGCAGUAUACAUGAGUCAUCGUGAGAUGUAUCACGGUGUUGUGUCUUUCAUAAUAACAGGUGAUGAGGCUGCUCCACACUUACUGAGAGACACGUUUCAUCUAAAGUCAGAAAAGGCUGAACAUCAUAACAUGGAGUCAAAGCACUUGAUGUAACAGCUGUGCUUUGACACAUGGAAAAUUAUACAAUAAAUGUUUAGUUUAAUAUCUAGCUGUAACUCUUUGGUGUCUACCUUAUUAGGUGUUUCAUGUUUCUGAAUGUUAUGAAUCCCCGGAUUUCUGCUAUAUCAUUUAGUUCAAUUUAAUUUUCAAUUUAUGUUUAAUGGGUGUCAUUCUAUACCCUGCAGUAUUUUAUUUUGAAAAGAAAUGUACUUUAAAAUGGCAACCAGAAAGAUAAUAGGAAUAUUCUUUUUAUUGCAAGGUUUUGCGCCACUUUGCAUGAAAACAAUCGCAUAGGAGUCAAACAUCCACACAUGUUAUGAUCAGUGUGGCAUUUCCUGCUGAGAAUGUAUUCUGUGAGGACAUUGUUGUCCCGUUUGGUAACGUACAACCAAAACAGGAAAUUCAACUCUUUGGAUUUGUGAAUGUAUGUGUCUUGUGAGUAACGGUGCCAUUUCUACAAAACUAUUAAUUUUAAAAAAGUGACUGAGUAUCAGCUAGAAAGUCAUUCUUACUCUUAUGCUUCAAUGUGGAGCUCAAGUUUCAACGUUUCUUUCACUUCAGUGUGGUUUCAUGUUAAAAUGUUAAAAUGUUUUAUAUCGUGGAAAGUUUGUACAUACUGUAAUUGCAAAUAGUAUGCUGCCGAUGAAUUGUAAAUUAUUUAAACUUUUGCAAAGUCAUUGAUGAUCAUUUCUUAACUUAUACCUUAACUGAGUUAUCAUAAUGCUUCUUCUAUUCAUAUUUUCAGUGAAGUGCAUGAACCAAACAGUACUUUUGUUGUUUAGCAACAGGGUCCAUUCGUGUUUGUGCAUCUGCUAAGUUAUCUUCUGCGUCAUGUUCUCAAGAACAUGACGGCAUCUCAGCUAGACAUGUUUUUACCCUUUAGGACACAUCUCCAAACUGAUCUAUUUUUUAAAUGUUGCACUGCUACUACUCAUACAGAUUAACAAUGAAAACAAUCAGACUUUAAAGGCUUGUAAAUUGCGUCGUAAGGACAUUUGUGUCUUCCCUGGUCCAAACUGUUGUCAUUGCCUUUAUGUUCUGGUGUGAAAAGAGUCCUUUGCUGUUGUAAAACUCAAAAACUUUUGUUCAAAGGUGACUCUGUUCUAAGUGGAAAUGGCAAAUCAAAUCAAAUAAAGCUUCUACGCCUAAUAAGUGA